AUGACCAGCAACAUAGCGAACCUUCUUUUCAAGCGAAUAUUUAUCCUAGUUUACACUUGUACUGUUUGGGCGGCCUGCUUUACUCCUCCGCCCAGGCAUCGACGACAAAAACCCACCGCCCCUUUUCAAUUAGUCUCAUCCGAUGAUGAUAUAUCCAGUUCAGAGAUGUACUUCCGAGAUAAGCCCAAUACUAGAUCAACUAAGCCACAAUCACAUGUCCCGGACUAUUUUCUUUCAGAUGAGUCUUUGGCAUCUAAACGCGACUCAUUUAGCAUGGACUCUGACUCUGCUCUGAAGACUUUACCCAUUAAUAAGCCACUAUACCCUCCAGUACCGACCCAGCCGACUCAAUUUAGGCCGAUAGUAAGGCCCAAAACAAAUCGUAAUAUUCGUCCACUGACAGUCGCCCAACGAAGAGUCAAACGUAGUGCAUCCGAUCCGCAGGGCAUUCGUCCAAUAGCAACACCAACCCCACCGGACCAUAUCCAGCCCUAUUGGCUCGGUGCAAACACUAUGAACCUAAAACCCCGCUUGCAAGAUCUUGCCUACUUUAGCCGACUCUUUCUGCGCAUCCAGAUGCUUUACAUUAAAGAGAUCCGCGUGGAGGGCGAGAACAAAUGCCUGCUACCAUUGGAAAAGGAGUUGCUCAUUGUUAUACUGGCGAAAAUCAAUGCAGAUCUUCUGCACUUGGACCGGAUUGUCAUGGAUUGCCAAACAAAAACCCACGAAUCUAAGAUGCUCUUCUGGCCGUUAGAAAAACGGAUUCCUCUCCAAAUUCGGGGUCUUAUGAUUUCAAACUGCCGCCUAAAAUAUAUCUACGCUCUCUUUGCUGUCUUUUCGAUUGGACAGCUGGAGAAGCUCAUUAUUAUUGACUCGCAUAUCUCUAGUGACAUCAAUCUGCUAUUUCCUUGUAUAAGCUGGAGUUGUUUAGCCAAAGAGAUAACAAUUAUCAAUCCAAAGAAACUAGCUCUACUGGACUUCAGCCGCUUUCAUCGACCACAGAUAGACCACUUGCAGCUACUAAACCUUCAAAUCUCACCGGGCUUACUUCCCUCCUUUAUCCUGACUGGAGCUAAGAUCGGAACAAUUAAGCAACUUAGACUGACCUAUGCCGUUCUUGUCCAUCUAAUCAAAAAAGAUGGCUCGGCUAGUCUUUUCUAUAAUGUCACCCUUCUGAUUAUCACCGAUGUAACUCUGCAAGUCCUUAACCAAAUCAAGCGUCUUAGGCCAAAAGACCUUCCUAUGCUUAUCCAAAGUCAUGAGCAAAAGCCAGUCCACAAGCUGCAAUUAAGAAUGCACCCCAACAUCAAGUACUGCCAAAGCAACGGUCUAGCAGAGGUAUCUAAAUCCAUCAACAAGCAUCUCAUUCCAGCCCCAUUUAUCAACAUUUGCUACUCAAAGGCCGCCAACCGUCAUGGACGCCAUUUAGUUAUCCACCUAGGCCCUAAUCGCCUUCCAAAGCAGCUAGUCACCACUGAACCUAUCAAGCCAACUGACUAUGCUAAAGCCAAGCUGUACCAUCCAACUCCCAUUACUAUUAACAUUGAGUUUAUUGAUCCUACGCUCUAA